AUGCCGCCGAGUCCUGUGUACCUCGUCGCGACGUCUUUGGUUGCGAUUUGGGUCUCCUACCUCGAAGGCCCCAAAAUAAGCUACGCCAUCGCCGACGCCAGUGCUUCCAAAGAAAUCCUCUCCUCCCGCUCCCGAUUCCCCAAACCCGUUGAGCUCUACGACAAGUUGGAGAUUUAUGGACCUAGUGUUGUGACUACUGAGGAUGAGGAGUGGAGGAAGUAUAGGAGGUUGGUGGCUCCGGGUUUUACGGAUAGGAAUAAUAGGUUUGUGUGGAGGGAGAGUGUGAGGGUUGUGAGGGAGUUGGUUGGGGAUGUGUGGGGGUGGAAGGAGGAUGGGGGAGGGCAGAGGGUGGUAGUUGAGCAUUGUAAUGAGAUUACGUUGGCGAUCGCGCUUUCGGUACUUGGUUCUGCUGUAUUUGGAGCCAAGACAUCGUGGAACCAGGAAAACGAAGUUGCCGGUGGAGGGCAUAAGCUUACGUUCAAGAAAGCGAUACAUGAUGCGUGCGGGAAUAUUAUGAUGAAAGCUGCUAUACCGGAUUGGCUCUUGGGGAUGGGGGUUAGUGAGAGGUUGGAGGGGAUUCGGGUGUCGUUUGAGGAAGUUGGGGUGUAUAUGAAGGAGAUGCUUCGUGAGCGAGUCGAGUCGGGGGAUAUGGACCGGGAUGAUCUCUUUAGUAUUCUGUUGAAGAAUACGAGGGGGGAGGUGAAGAGUGAGACAUUGGAUGAUGUGGAGCUGUUUGGGAAUAUUUUCAUUCUGUUGGUUGCUGGACAUGAGACGACUGCGCAUGCGCUGUGUUUUGCGUUUGCGCUGCUGGCUUUGUAUCAGGAUGAGCAGGAGGCGCUGUAUGAGCAUAUCAAGUCUGUUCUGCCCGAUGGGAGGGAUCCGGAUAGUGUCUUCAACGAAGCCCUCCGCCUCUUCCCACCCGUCCCAUGGGUCCCCAAAUACGCCGCCGAAGACACCACUUUGGUCAUUGGAAAUCCAAAAGGAGAAACUAAAACGAUCGCGAUACCAAAGGGGACUAAUUUGUCUGUUGAUAUGGCUGGUCUUCACUACAAUCUGCUAAUUUAUGUAACUGGUGUCGUUGGGGAUGCAGCGCGGUACUGGAAAGAUCCGCAUGCGUUCAAACCGGAGCGAUUUUUGGGUGAAUGGGAUAAAGACGCGUUUAUUCCGUUUAGUGCUGGGGCUCGGGCGUGUCUUGGUCGAAAAUUCUCCGAAACGGAAGCCGUAGCAGUCAUUACGAUGCUCAUCCAGAAAUACAAGGUGACGGUUCUGGAGGAACCUCAGUUCGCUUCGGAGACGUUUGAGCAGAGGAAGGAGAGGGUGCUUGCUACCACUGGUGGUGUAACGCUGACGUGA